AUGAGGGGGACUCAUCGGAGGAGGGUCCCCUGGGUAUUCCUGAGCUGCUUAUGUUCCUGCCUCCUUUGGCCAGUGGUUCUGGGAGCAAUCACAACUUCACUGGUGACAGACAGUCAGAGAAGCACAGCAACACCACUACUCUCAACAACUGUCCAGAACCUUACAACCUCAACUCCCAGCACACACCCAACAACUGCCCCAAUCCCUGUGAAGCCUGAGAAAGGUGUUCCCCUCUUCCCCUAUGGGCCACAUGCUCAAGACCAGGAGUUUGUGAAGAGGAAGGUGGACUUCACCUCACCACUCUUCAAGCCCCAGAUUGGCUUCCCCUUUGGCUCCACUCUCCGAAAUUUCCUUUACUUCACAGAUAAUGGUCAGAUCAUUUUCCCGGAGUCAGAGUACCAGAUUUUCUCCUACCCUCACCCUCCUCCUGGAGGCUUCUCAGGCAGGGACCGUCUGGCUGUGGUGGCUCCAUUCUGGGAUGAUGCUGAUUUCUCCAGCCACCAGGGGACCAUAUUUUACAAGGAAUACGAGACUCUCUACGAUGACAACAAACCACUGAUAGUCCAGCAGGUGGAGUCUUGGAUUGAAAAAUUUACAGACACCUGGAACUACAAAGCCAAGUGGACCCUAAAAGUCACAUGGGUCAAUGCCCCUGCCUAUCCUGCCCAGUGGACCACCGGGACCAACACCUACCAGGUCAUCCUCUCCACAGAUGGGACCAGAUCCUUCGCCCUGUUUCUCUACCAAAAUGGUGGGAUGCAGUGGGAUGUGACCCAGCACCCAGGCAACUGGGUCCUCACGGGCUUCUCCAGUGGAGAUGGGUAUCAUGAAAACAGUCCACUGACAUCUCAGCCAGUGUGGCAGAAGUAUCGUCCGGACCAAUUCCUGAAUUCCAACUCAGGCCUCCGGGGGCUGCAGGUCUAUCGGCUGCAUAAAGAAGAAAGACCCAACUACCGUCUCAGGUGCCUGCAGUGGUUGAGACAGUCUCAAUGGCCCAGCUGGGACUGGAACCACAUCUCCUGCCCUUGCUCCUGGCAGCAGGGAGUAUGGGACUUACGAUUCCGGCCCAUCCACAUAGGCUGGUGGGGCCUCGGCAGCAGGCAUCUGUGCAGCUUCACUUCCUGGCGUGGGGGCGUGUGCUGCAGCUACGGGACGUGGGGAGAGCUUCUGCGAGGCUGGAGAGCGCAGAGCCCUUGGCAGUUUGAGCAAGAACUGGAGUCGCAGGACUGGUGUUGCCGCUGGAAUGACCAGCCUUCCUUCUGCGCCCUCUACCAACAGAGGCGGCCCCCCAUCAGCUGUGCUGGAUACUGGCCCCCCAGGCCUGCCUGGAUGUUCGGGGACCCCCACAUCACCACUUUAGAUAAUGCCAGCUACACCUUCAAUGGGCUGGGGGACUUCCUGCUGGUCAGGGCCGGAGACGGAAACUCCUCCUUCCUGCUGCAGGGCCGCACGGCCCAGACCGGCUCGGCCCAAGCCACCAACUUCAUUGCUUUUGCCGCUCAAUACAACUCCAGCAGCCUGGACCCCAUCCUCGUUCAGUGGUUCCUUGGGCCCAAUGACACAGUCCACGUGCAGCUCAAUAACCAGAUGGUGGCAUUUGGAGACCAGGGAACCUUCAACACCACUGGAGUCGUAAUGACCUGCAAUGGCUCCCUGGUGUCCGCCAGCUUAGAUGACACAGUGGUCGUCUCAGUGACAGCUCUUUCCAACAUCCUCCAUGCUUCCUGCAGCCUCCCAGAGGAGUACCGAGACCGCACCGAGGGCCUCCUGGGGGUCUGGAACAAUAAUCCAGGAGAUGACUUCAAGAUGCCCAAUGGCACCACCUUACCCCAACAGAGCGAUGAAGAGAUGCUUUUUCACUAUGGAAUGAGCUGGGAAAUCAACGGAACAAGCCUCCUUGGCAAGAGGGAGGACCAUCUGCCUUCCAACUUCACCCCUAUCUUCCUUUCCCAACUUUUGAAAAACAACUCCUCGAGAAAUUCAACCUCUCAGUGUAAUGGAGAUGAACAAUGCAUCUAUGACAUCCUGGCCACAGGAAACACAAAGACUGGAUGGGACACUCUUACGUUCUUUAGAAGACAGCAGCAGAUGAACCACACCCUCAAUCAGUACCCACCUUCUAUUGAGGGUCCCCAAAUGGUGCGUGCCUACUGGGGGAACACCGAGCGGAUUAAAUACAACAGCAGCUCUGAGGACGUCACAUUCACACUGCGAAACAACUACAGGAAGGACUUCAAGCUUUUUGAAAAUGGGACACUGCUCUGGACACCAAACUCACUGGAACCAUUCACUCUGGAGAUUCUAGCAAGAAACGUCAAGGACAACUUAGCAUCUGUACUCCAGCCACAGACCGUGGUCUGUGCUUGCAAGGGAGAGGAACAGUGUUUAUACAACCAGACCAGACGGGUGGGCAAUUCCUCCCUGGAGGUGGCCAGCUGCCAGUGCGACAACACCACCUUUGGCCAGUACUGCGAGCGUUCCAAGGACCCCUGUGAUGAGCAGUGCUUCCCGGGUGUGACGUGUAUUCCCGGGCAGGGCUGUGGUCCCUGCCCCCCGCACCUAACUGGGGAUGGGCGUCACUGCACAGAUCUGGAAGAGUGUCAGAACAAGUCUUGCCCCGUGAAUUACUGCUACAACCGUGGCCACUGCUACAUCUCCCAGACUCUGGGCUGCCAGCCCACCUGCACCUGCCCCCCAGCCUUCACAGACGACCGUUGCUUCCUGGCUGGGAACAGCUUCACUCCAACUACCGUCCAAGCGUUCCCUUUAAGAACAAUCGAGCUCAUUCUCAGGGAAGAAGAAAACGCCACUGAAGCAGAGGUGAACGCUUCGGUGGCCUACAGGCUGGAGAACCUGGAUGUGCGGGCCUUUCUCAGAAAUAGCAGAGUGCAAAAAAUCAGCCGUCCAGCAGGAAGAAACUCCCUGCAACAAUGGAGCGUCAUCUCGGAGUUCCAGUACCGCCCUCAGGGUCCCGUCAUCCACUUCCUGAACACCCGGCUGCUGGAUGCAGUGGUGGAGGCAUUUUUACUGCAGGCCCCGCCGGGGAGAGGGAGGAAAAGUGACGAGCCCAGGAAUGACGUGAUCUUCUACCCUGUCUCCAGGAGAGACGUACGCAAUCGGACAGCUUCGGAUGUGGACACGCUGAAGAGUAACUUAAAAUGCAAUGGUUACAAGGGCUACAAACUGGUGUACAGCCCACAGAGCGGCUUCACGUGUGUGUCCCCAUGCAGUGAGGGCUACUGUGAGCACGGAGGCCAGUGUCAGCACUGGCCAGAUGGGCCCCGCUGCAGCUGCAAGCCCUUCUCCAUCUACUCGCCCUGGGGCGAGCACUGUGAGCAUCUGAGCAUGAAACUCGGCGCCUUUUUUGGGAUUCUCUUCGGGGCCCUGGGCGCCCUCUUGCUGCUCGGGGUCCUGGUGUUUGUGGCCCGUCGCUUCUGGUGCACCAAGACGCGGUUCUCCUACCCCCUGGACUCAGAAAGCUGA